AUGGCACAAUCGAAAUCAAUCAAAUACUAUGCAGGAAAGCGGAUUUUAAUCAUAGGAGGCAGCAGCGGGCUAGGCCUUUCUGUAGCCAAGUAUGCAAAGUCUCGCGGCGGCAUAGUAACCAUCACAUCCCGCUCUCUAUCCAAGAUAAGCCCGCUCAGAAGCGAGUAUAGCACACUAAGUGUAGACAUAACCAAAGCAGAAUCUGUCAGCGCCCUCCCCACUAACUUUGAUAUAAUCAUGUGCUGUGCUGGAUAUGCCCGCCCAUCUUAUGCUAGAGACAUUACCAUAAAAGAGGCACAGAGUCAUUUAGACUGUAACUUUCUUGGAGCUGUCCGUGUAUACCUACACUUUCUAAAUAGUGUAUCUGCGAAAUCCAGAAAAAAGCUUGUUUUUGUUGCAUCCACCUUAGCGCUUCGCUCAUUUGGUGGGUAUGGCAUGUACGCCCCCAGCAAAUCCGCACUUUCCUCAUUUUAUGAGUCUGUCCAUACUGAAUCAUCUAUACACGGCCUUGACCUGUGUAUAUACUACGUGUCAACAAUACAGAGCCCAGGAUUUGAAAUAGAACAAGAGCAUAAACCGCUGUUCACAAAGAAAAUAGAAGGGUCUUCUCUGGGCGCCGACUCCAUCCCAGAAAGCAGAGCAAAAACUCUUCUGGAUGCGCUGCCAACAGAAGGAAUCAUUUAUUCUGAUUUUAUCACUUGUUUGUUUAGUAAGUCCUCUGAUAUAAACUCUUUUCAAGAUUUUCUGGCGUGGAUAGCCUCUCCUUUCUUCUGGAUGAUUUUUAAGAUGUUUGAGUCAUAUACAGUUAAAAAAUACUAUGAGCAUACAAAUGAGACACCAAAAAAGAAUAAGUUAGUAAAGAAGAAGAAAAAAUAAAUUCAACACAAAAGGAUUUUAAAAUAAAAUUUCCG